AUGCCAGAUGCCUGCAUAGAAUAUCACUCGCCAUCGUUCCAAUCAGAAGUCAAUCGCCAGCCACUCACGACUCCACUCUGGUUGACGGAAUCACAAAUGUCACCGUUACAUGAUCCUCUGAUUCUCUGGCUCGGCGGUGGUUCGGGAUGCUCCUCACUGGAUGGUCUUUUUAGGGAGCUGGGCCCUUUCCAUAACAAAGUUGGAAAUCUUCUUUUCCUGGAAGCGAGUCGUGACAUUGGAUUUUCAUACCGCAGUAGCGAUGUUAAACCCGAUUUUAGAUACGAUGAUCAUUACACUGCUGACGAUAAUGUUCUUGCCUUGACAUCGUUUUUCGAGAAGUUCCCUGAUUAUAAAAAUCGCUCAUUUUAUAUCUUUGGUGGAUCUUAUGGAGGAGUUUAUGUGCCAAUGCUAACAAACGCUCUGAUCAAGAAAAUUCAAUCUUAUGACCGGAAUUCUAUGUCGUAUGUAAAUUUGCAAGGAGUAGCGAUAGGAAACGGUGAGAUGAGUCAGAUUCAACAAAUCAACUCAGCAGUAUCAUUGCUAUACUUCCGUGGAGUACAUGGGAAAAGUGACUACGAUGCAUUAUCUCAGUAUUGCAACGCAAGUAAACCACAAACUUACCGCGAUUUUGUUUCCUACAUAACGAUCGACUCAUCUGGCAACGUUUGGCCAAAAGUCAACGACAAUUCUAUAGCUAGCCAAGCUAAUAAGAUCAAUUAUCAAUCCACGGAUGCGAAUGGUGGAUUUGCGUGUUUUAGCAGAGAUUCUACUGAAGCUUACUUGAAUUUAAAGAAAUCGCUAUCCACAUUCCAACUAACGUUCCAUACUGGACCGAUUGCAACGAGUGUUAUAUACGAGCACUAUAUCCAACAGCAUAACAAUACGAGCGCUGUUUUUGAUGAGAUUCUGAAUAGCGGUUAUCCUUUUCGGUUUCUGAUUUAUAAUGGAGACGCAGACAUGGCAUAUCCAUCCGUAAGCAACGAUAUUGUAUGGAAUGAUGAUAAGGCUGCCUCGGAUAUCUAUUUGGCUUUGAAAAACUUCCUCACUGUUUAUCCUUACUUUUCCUCCAGUGAAUUCUACGUAACUGGUGAAUCCUACGCUGGCGUGUAUGUGCCAACGCUCACUCGGCAUCUUAUUGAGAAGAUUCAGGCUGGCGAUAUUGUCCUUAACUUGGUUGGUAUGUCAAUCGGCAAUGGAGCGUUAAGUACGAUUCAGGAUAUUCGUUCCCUCACCGAUUUCAUGUAUUUUCAUGGAAGAUAUGGAAAAAGCGAUUGGGACAAACUCCAUAACUGCUGCCCAGCUUCAACCGGCAAUACAUCGCUAAUGUAUUGUAAUUAUGACUAUUUCGUCACUGCCGAUCAGUCUGUUCUUGAAGGUGACAUCUAUCCCAAACACUUCUCUGAUUCGUCUGAUCAAAACUGUGCUAAUAUAAUGGCCGACUUAGCCCAGGAUAGAGUCUGGAACAUUUACACACAAAACGACGUCUACAAUCUCUAUCAGGACUGUUACACUAAGGCAACGUCCAUGUUCGGCUCGGCUGUAAACUUGAAACCCCUAGUCCACUAUAGCGGACCGGCUCGUUUCUCUCAUAGUUUGCUGGACAAAUGGCAAACUUUGUGCCCUCACCUUCGAUGCUUGACCCGUUAUCCACAGACAAUUUUGGUGGCUUUCAAUGCUAUGUGGAUGAUGCCACUACCAAAUAUCUUUCCCAAACACAUGUCCGACAUGCGCUUCACGUUCCCAACUACGUUCAGCCCUGGGAAGAAUGCAGCAAGCUGGUUUAAGAAAAGUAUGUCGAGCAGUACUAUGAUACGACAGCUGUUUCUUAGGAUAUUCUAA